AUGAUUUGCGUCGGAGCUAGGAGGAGAGAAAUAUGGAAUUGGCAGCAUGCAAGAGGAAAGGCAACGAAGACUCUGUUGAAUCCGACGGGGACGUUGCUGGAAGGAGUAGCGCCAGGAAUAGAUCCGGCGAUGGGCGAGCUGGCGGGGAUGGUGGGGAAAGUCUGGGAAAUCGGCGAAAGGGGGUGCCGGUGGAGGGAGUUGGGGAUAGGCCAGGCCAAGGUCCUCGGCUACAACUACGCCGCCAUCGGCUUCGCCUCCUACGGCACCUACUGGCGGGACAUGAAGAAGAUGGUCAUGACCGAGCUCCUCUCCGUCAACCGCAUCAAGGCCCUCCGCCACGUCCAGAUCUCCGAGGUCGACUUCCUCAUCGCCGAUCUCUACCACCAGAGCAAGGCCGGAUCGAUCGCCAUCACCGAGGCUCUCCAGGGGUACGUCCUCAACAUAAUCACCAGGAUGGUUUCCGGGAAGAGGUAUUUCGACAAGACCAACCACCACCGGGCCGUCUCCGGCGGGAGGCCCAUCGGCCAGGUGAUGAGGGAGUUCAUGCUCGUCACCGGAACCCUCGUCCCGUCCGAUUUGAUCCCUUUGCUCGGCUGGUUCGGCUUCCAAGGGGUGGUCAACACCAUGAAGCGGGUCUCCAAGGAGCUGGACGUCAUCAUGGAGAGCUGGAUCGACGAGCACAAGAAGAAGAAAAAGAAGCAGUUGGCCAAUCCCGACCUCAUCGACGUCAUGCUCUCCGAAAUCAAGGACGAAGUCGCCUACGGUCACAAGCGUGAGGAUAUCAUCAAGGCCACCGCUAUGUCUCUGAUCGUGGCCGGCUCCGACACAACGUCGAUCACGCUGACGUGGAUCCGGAUGGCUUGUUGUAACUAA